AUGAUAGCAAUUUACUCACUGGUGAAAGCGAAACUAAGUUUUUUUCUUUUUUCUUUUUUUUUUUUUUGCUUUCUUUCUUUCUUUCUUUCUUUCUUUCUUUCUUUCUUGAUUUUUGGCUUUCUUUCUUUCUUUCUUUCUUGCUUUUUUUGCUUUCUUUCUUUCUUGCUUUUUUCUUUCUUUUUUCCUUUCUCGCUAUUUCUUUCCUUUUUUCUUUCUUUUUCUUCUUUUUCUUCAUUUACCAUUGCUAUUACUACUACUACUAUUACUACUACUUUUCUUCUUUUUCUUCUCGAUUCUCUAGUUUCUUUUUCUUCUCCUUUGCCUUCUCUUCCUGUCUUCUUUCCCUUUUCUACUUCCUCCUCCUCCUCUGCUUCUUUUUUUCGUCUUCUCUUCCGUUCUUUUUCUACUUCCUCCUCCUCCUCCGCUUCUUUUUUUCGUCUUCUCUUCCGUUCCUUUUCUACUUCCUCCUCCUUCUUCUCUACCUCUUCUUCAUCUUUCUUGCUCUUCUUCUUCUUUGCCGUCUCUUUCCUUUCUUCUACUUCGUCCUCCUCCUUCUUCUCUGCUACUUCCCCCUCUUUCUUGUUGCUGUUAUUGUUGUUGUUCUUCUUCUUGUUCGUCUUCUUUUUCUUCUUCUUCUUCUUCUUCUUCUUCAAUUGCUUUUGUUUCAUUUCUGCACAUCUCUCUCUCUCUUCCCUUUCAUCGACUUUCAUUUUCCUUGUUUUUAUUCAUUAUCUCUUCCGUUUUCUCACCGCCACCCACACUCCAAGAUUCCUCAUUCUUCCUGUUUCUUCGAACACAAGACUUCGUUUGAUAGGCUUUUCCAUUCAAUCUUUAUUAUUUCUCUCCGUCAUUCUUCUUGGAGAGAAUCUUCCGUUUUUCUUGCUUUCUUUAUCUAUUAUCGGCAUCGUCACUAAACUUUCUAUCAUUGUUUUUUUUUCCCUUCUUUCUUUCUUUCUUUCUUUUUUCUACAUUCUAAUUAUCAAUAGCAUUCUUUCUUUUUUGGAAACUAUUUUUCUUUUUUCUAAAAGUAGCUUUUUUUCUUUUUUUCUUUCUUUCUUUCUUUUUUUUUCCCCCUUCUUUCUUUCUUUCUUUCUUUCUUUUUCUUUCUUUAUUUUCUUUUUUCUUUUCUUUAGCUUUCUUUCUUCCUUUCUUUCUUUCUUUCUUUCUUUCUUUCUUUCUUUUUUCUACCUAUCAGUAGCUUUCUUUCUUUUUUCUUUCUUUCUUUACCUUUCUUUUUUUCUUUCUUUCUUUCUUUCUUUCUUUUUUCAGUUUCUUUCUUUCUUUCUUUCUUUCUUUCUUUCUUUCUUCUACCUAUCAAUAGCUUUCUUUCUUUUUUCUUCUUUUCUUUCUUUCUUCAAAAGCUUUAAUUUCUUUCUUUCUUUUUUUUUUCUUUCUUUCUUUCUUCUACCUAUCAAUAUUUCUUUCUUUCUUUCUUCUACCUAUCAAUUCUUUCUUUUUCUUCUUUUCUUUCUUUUUCUAUCAAUAGCUUUCUUUUUUUUUUUCUUUAAAAUUUCUUUCUUCUUCUACCUAUCAAUAGCAUUCUUUUCUUUUUUCUUAUUUUCUUUUUUUUUUUCUUUCUUUCUUUCUUUCUUUCUUUCUUUCUUUCUUCUACCUAUUAGAAGCUUUCUUGCUUUCUUUCUUUCUUGCCUUAUCGUUGUUUUCUCUUUUAUCUAUCUCAGUCUGUUCAUAUCUAUCUAUCUAUCUAUCUAUCUAUCUAUCUAUCUAUCUUGCCUUCCUAAUUUUUUCUUUCUUCCUCUAUCUUAUUUUUCUUUUUUUUCUUCUUUUUUAAUGUAUUAUUUAUUUAUCUUAUGUUUAUCUUUUUCUAACCUCUUUUGUCUGUCUGUUUGUCAGUCUCUCUCUUUCUAUCUCUGA